AUGAUCACUUUUGCUCCAGGCACGAGUCAGGCACUCAAGUCGAAUGAGAAAAGUCAAAGGAGUAGUUCCCUUGACGUGGAGACUUCUCCAUCUGCACAGACCAAAGCGGAGACGGCUAGUGAAAAUAAGACAAAUCUCAUUGUUAAUUAUCUACCUCAAAGUAUGACACAGGAGGAGAUUAGAGCCCUCUUCAAUACCAUAGGGAAAGUAUCAAGCUGCAAACUGAUCCGCGACAAGAGUACCGGCCAGAGUUUGGGCUACGGAUUCGUCAACUAUGCGUACGCCUCGGAUGCGGAAAAGGCCAUUAAACACUUCAAUGGAAUGCAACUGAAGAACAAGAAGAUUAAGGUGUCUAUCGCUCGCCCCAGUAGUGAGUCAAUAAAAGGUGCCAAUCUCUACAUCUGUGGUCUGCCGAAGAACGUUUCGCAGGAGGAUUUGGAGAAAAUAUUUUCCCGUUGUGGGAAAAUUAUCACUUCACGUCUACUGGUGGACCCCACCACUGGCUCGUCGAAGGGAGUAGGCUUCAUUCGAUUUGACCAACGUUCCGAGGCUGAGGCUGCAAUUCAGGAGUUGAACGGCUACCGAAUUCCAGGCAGUAGUGAGCCGAUUACAGUCAAAUUCGCUAGCUGUCCCAGUUCCACACGCCUGCUGGCCAGCCUCCUGCCACCGGCCACUGCAUUGGCCCAGCUCGAUGCUGCCGGUUUAGCGGCAGCAACCGUGGCCGCCACAGCCUCUUUGCUUGCUGUUCCAACGCCGCAAGUAGCAAAUGUGGGUGGUACUCAGUUCUCCGAGUUCUCCAAUCGACAUUUGAUGGCUGCAUUAGUGGCUGCUGCGAAUUUUCGACGCCAGCAGCAGGAGCAGCAGGUGGCGUGGCUACAGAAUGCGGAUUUGAGCUACCACCCCGCAGCGAAUCCUCCCUCGGUGCUGCCUUUGCAACGGGUUAGCUGGAAGAAUUCUGGCUUUGCUGGUGGUCCCGUGCAGUCCGCAACUGCUUCUUCGUUGAAAAUGAGAUACAAUCCACUGGGCGAGUGCAGUUCGAAAGGUGGCAUUAAGCCUCUGACGACGUCGCCUUUGUCCCAGCUUCCCGACUCCCCGCACCAAUCAGCAGCCACUCUUCAACUUCUAGAUCAGGCUAGGUUGAAUGCCCUUCUGGCCUCGGCAGCAGUAUCAGGGACUGCCUUACCAAACGGUCUAGGCAACAGCCUGCCAACGGUAACGGGAGUUGCGAACGUCUUCCCUCAGCAGCCCACAACCACUCCAGAAGUGUUGCACGCGCCCGUCUUUGCACAGCCGAAUGAGGCCGCCCUAAAACAGGUCAUGUCACUUCAAUUCACAUCUGAGGUUGCCCAAAUGCCUCCGCUGGGGCUACCGGGAAUCGGGGUCUCACCCGAGGUUUUUUCUCCCUUACCAAACAAUGCUGCCGCGUCGCAGUUCUUCCAAGUCGCCCCGUAA